CCGGAUUUUCCCUAUAUAUACUCCUUAUAGGAGGCUUGUAACUCAUAUAACCAAUAUUCAUUCAUUCUAUACACUUUCAUUGUUCCUUCUCCAUUCUUGUUCAAUUAUCCAUAGGAUAAUUGAGAGGUUGAACACAAUCAAGUGAGAAAACCUCCCAAUUAACCAAAAAUUCUUCCCAAUCACAAAAAACUGUUAUGGAAAAUUAAAAAAGAAAGAAAAACUGGGAUUUCGCAGAUCUGGAACUGCUCUUCGAAUCUGAACCCGGCAGCGUCGGUCAACCGGAUUCGUCACGGUCAAAGGGAAUAAUCUCGUCGGAACCGGCCAAGAAGGGGAAGCAGCUGAAAUCCGGAACCCAGCCCACUGCCAGCGGCGACGCCACAGCAGGGCCAUGCUCCGCAGCUGAUCUGUGGCCCGGAGAACCACCGGCGAAGUACGGUCUCCGCCGUCUCGCUCGCGAAGACGCCCAACUCCCGGCAGCUCUGCCACCGCUUCGGCCUCCAUCGCAGCUCAAGAAAAAACAGUCGGCCAAACAAAAAAAGAAGGAAAUCCGGAUUUUCCUGGAUGAGCCGCCACCGUCACCGUCUUCAGCCGCCGCCAUCACCGGCUUCAGUCGUCGUACGCCAUCUGUUGAAGCUCGCUGCACCAGUUAGAGUCCGUUGCGCCAUUCUCAAGAAGUGAGGUCACUUCUCCCGAACACACUGUGCGUCCCUCCGCUGAAUCUGCUCGAAGGGUGGCCAGGAGAUGCGAUUCCGAUCUCAAAUAGGAACAUGGUUCAGAGUGGAAAACCCUGGUUGGAAGGUUUUUGCUGUUCUCCAUCGUCGGACGCCGCUUUCUCCGGCGCCAUCAUUCUCGCCGCAUGUAGCUCCACCUAGCCGGUCGCCGGUCGGUCCUUCACCUCACACGUCGCCGCUCGCAACCCACCUCGCCGUUGACAUUUCCUGAGGAUCUAACGGUUCGAGGUUCUCCAUUAAUGGUUGCUUUGAAUUCUUAAGAAGCAUAUUCCAACCUUUUCCUGUCGAGCUGCCCACUCAGCUGCGGAUCAACGUCUUGGACAGACGAAGAGACAGACUACGUACAAAUCAGUUGACUGUUCACCUUUUGAGAUAUGUGUCUUCAAAAAAUGCAUAUGUGGGUGCACUUCAUCCUUGUGGUGGCCGAGCAAAUAGUCGAAUAUAGAGUAUAUUCAUAGUCAACGGGCUUUUUCCACUUAAAAUGGGCCUAAGGAUCAACACAUUAUAUUCAUUUCAACGGGCCGAUAUUUCAGCCCACUUCAAAAAGAUAAGUAUCUUUAAUUUUAAUAUUAUUUAUAUUUAUUUUAAUCAAUACUCCGUAUUUUUUGUCGGGUGAAUGUCAUACUAUCACACACUUAUGAUCAAAUGCCUAGUAGAGUGUGAUUUGAGACCCAUCACAAUGAUUUAAAGCCCUGACCAAGAUCAGGCAUAAAGCCCUGACCAAGAUCAGGCACAAAGCCCCGAUCAAGUCGGGCACGAAGAUAAAGCCCCGACCAAGUCAGGCACGAAGACCGGUCUUAGUCAUUCCUCGAGUGGCGACUGCUGCUUACGAAUGGCUCACACAUCCAUUCUACUAAGUAUUUUAUCAUUACAUUAACAAUUCACAUCUCCACUUCUUUCAAGUGACGAACUCCCGAUCGGAAACAUAAAUCCCAAGAAAAAAUUUAUGUGUAUGUUAAAUGUGUAGGUACGAAGAUGACUUUACUCAUUUUCACCUCGUCUCCACUCGCCUCAAGGAAUGGGGGACUGGGGGACUAAGGGUUCAGAGUUUCUAGAUGAGCAGAAAAUAUCACGCAUGAGCAGAAACGAAAGCUGAGUCGGAUGAAGAGGAGUCGAGCUAGAUUGAUUAUGCCGGAGGGGACUUACCUUCCUUUUUUCAUGUUGGGGGCGCUAGGUGUACUCUUUUUCCCUUUAUUAGGAUUUUUCGCCACUGGAUUUUUUCCUAGUAAAGGUUUUUUAACGAGGCACCCUCCCCAUCAUGGACAAGGGUGGUGGUCUCCCGACCGGAGAGGGAGAAACCAAAGACAGAAGAACGUUGCAAAUACAGUUUGGACUACUCCCUUUCGCCUCGAGUACUAAUCAAUCGACGAACGGGAACAGCACGAAGCAACUCCGAUUCCGGCCAGCUUUCGUCCAAACGAAGCUCAAAUCAAAGGGAAAAGGCUCGUGGUGUACCCGAGGUCGUUUGUACUCCAUUCCAUCGACUUUCUACUGUUUGAAUAGAGAAUAUGUCUAGAAACUUCUCCAUUGUUUGUCAAUGGGGAGGAAAUAUUAUCGAGGAGUCAAACAGAGUUCAUUAUGAAGGAGGGAUUCGGAAGAUAAUUGUUGUUUCCCGUGGGGUGGAUCUUGCUGAAAUAAUGAAUAAAAUUUAUGCCGCCACAUCCAUCAAUCGUAUGAACAAGUUGGAUUUGAAGGUUAAAUAUCCCAUGCAUGGUGGAUCAUACAUGUUGAUGCCUCUUGUUGACGACGAAGCCGUUACAGGAAUGUGGACUGUAAUCGAGAAUCUUGAUAUGCAUACCAUGGAGAUAUAUGUUGAAGAAGUGGCGAUGUUGCCCAUACAACCUUGCCACCCGCCAUUGUCUUGCCCAUCCACAAGUGUUCCAGUUGUGAUGAAUAUGGUUACACAGGAGAAUGGAAGAUACGUGAAUAGUGAUGCAACGUUUCUGGAUUCACAAUGCAAUGACGACGAUGCAGAUGAAAAUGUGAACCAUGACACACUAACAGAUUCAGAUGAAGAUGGUGGUGAUCUCGUAAGUGGCAAUGCACCAUCCAGCCACUACACUAAAGUUUAUGAGCUCCCUGCGGGAUUUGAUGAAUCAUGGAAGGGUUGUACAACUUCUAGUUGCUUCUCUGCAGAUGGUGAAUUCGAGGUUGGGCAAGAGUUUGAUGAUAAGAAACAACUGAUCAACAUGGUUAGAGCGUACUCUGUAAAAAGGAACCAAUUUUUCUCAGUUGUAGAGUCUGACAAACACAAAUGGGUGGCAGAGUGCAAGAGGAGAAAAGAAUGUGGCUGCACUUGGCGGAUCCGGGCUACUAAGAAACAUGAGAAGCUAGAGAUGUUCAAAGUUGUUCGUUAUGCAGGUCCUCAUAUACCUACUUGUGUAGGUAACAUCGAUAACAAUGACCAUGCUGGUAUCACAGCUCAGUUCAUAGCCCAUGAAAUUAUUGAUCUUCUUCGUACCUACUUGAGAGAGCAUUUUGUUGGUUUACCUGCUGAUGCUGAUGACGAUGUUGUGCAGCAGUACGCGAGAGCCUACAUUCUGAUGCUUAUGGGAGCUUCCACGUUUGCGGACAAGAGCGGGAAUGAGGUGCAGGUCUUGUAUUUACCCAUUCUGGAGUCUUUUGAUGUAGCUGCAAUUUAUAGCUGGGGUAGUGCGACUUUAGCAUACCUAUAUCGGCAGUUAUGUCGAGGAUGCCAUCGUGACGGUGGAGAGAUGGGUGGGUUUUUAUUGUUGAUACAGCUAUGGUCAUGGGAGCACAUUCAUAUCGGCAGACCUGUCAUACUGCGAUAUCAUGGGAUAGAUGGUGGUCCUCUUGAUGAUGAUAUGGAUCAGCACGCUGUACUUGGGCCACAUCAUGUUCGUGGCGAGGAUCCUUUGGGUCGUAGAUGGCUAUUUGCUCAUGUCACGCGCACGUCAUCCGCUGCUGGAUUAGGAUACUACCGAGAUGCUUUAGAUCGCUUGUGUGAUGAUCAGAUGACGUGGAUGCCGUACACUGAUGAGAUUUUAGGGCUGUUGCCUCCUGUUGCCCGAGAGCACACUGAGAUAUGGCGAGCACGUGUGCCCUUGAUAUGUUUUGAUGUAGUGGAGCAUCACUUUCCUGAUCGCGUACUACGCCAGUUCGGGUUGCAGCAGGUUACUCCCAGACCUUGUGAUACAUCUGUGGAUUUGCACAAGAUUGAUAGACGGGGGAAGCACACUGAAGAUUGGGGGAUGCGCCAUAUUCAGUAUAUCACUAUGUGGGAUGAGAGAGCGGCGUAUAUAGUGGACGGGAUCCCAUCAUUAGUCCCCACAACUUCUGUAGACUACAUGAGAUGGUAUUACACCAUCACACGAGUAUUUAUCUCUCCCAGUUUUCGUUUACCCACUGAUCAUUACCAGCCUAGCUCAGUCGCUCUUCAUAUGACGACACGGGCUUUGCGUAGCAUCCAUGACAGAGCGACUGCUAUACUUGAUGAGGCGGUAGAUGUACAGGGAUACCAUGACGCUUGUUCAGGCAUUGUUUCACUGUGCGCUGAUGUAUUGGGUCGAGUGGAUUAUGGAUAUAUGGCCACCUCUCAGCAUUCCACCGCAUCUACAUCCGCAGCAGGGUCUUCUCAGGCAGUCCGACGUGAUAGAGUUGUUCUUCAGCCUCGUAACCAGCGCAGGCGUCCCCGAGCACAGCCACAUGAACUUCAUGAUGAUGAUGAUCACAUUGACUUAUGAUCUUUGUAUUUAAAUUAUUGUGUGAAAGUUGUAGCGUGCACUGGCAGAUCGAAUCAUUUUGUGAAACACCAGAUUUAUUAUAACUUUUAUGGUUUAUACUCAGUUUUGUGGUGC